GUGUGUCUGGAAGUGAUCGUUUCUAUGGCCGAUGAGAAGAAAGCGCAGCAAGCCUCCAAGAAGGGCGCUAAGAAAAUCAUCAAGAAGGCGCCGGGGAAAGCCGGCAAGAGAAGGAAACGGUCCAGGAAAGAAAGUUACGGCAUCUACAUCUACAAAGUGAUGAAGCAGGUUCACCCCGACACCGGCAUCUCCUCCAAGGCGAUGAGCAUCAUGAACUCGUUCGUCAACGAUAUUUUCGAGCGUAUCGCGGGGGAGGCUUCCCGCCUGGCCCAUUACAACAAGCGCAGCACCAUCAGCUCCCGGGAGAUCCAGACCGCGGUGCGGUUGCUGCUGCCCGGGGAGUUGGCCAAGCACGCCGUGUCGGAGGGUACAAAGGCGGUGACCAAGUACACCAGCUCUAAGUGAGACCCCACAUUGUGCUGAGAAAACACAUCCAAAACCCAACGGCUCUUUUCAGAGCCACCCACAACUUCGCUGAAACAGCUGAACCAACUUUGUGCAAAUGAUUUUCGGUAUGUAUUAGUAAUGUCAGUCGGCUUUUUAAAAAUAAUGUAAUUGUUUAAGAACUUGAUGUGUGGUCCCUCAUCUGCCCUUUAUUUUAGGUUGCAGCCAUACCCUGUCUCGUUUCCCUGUAUCUGCAAAGAGCAUAAUUAUCUCCAAUGAAUCAUUUAUCAACAACUUCCACUUUUUGAACCACUUUUCGUUUGUAAAUGAUUCUCGGUGUCUAUAAUUAAUGUCUCUAAUCUUUAUCUUUGUUUACACAAACGUUCUAAACAUUAACGUGCGGUCCCUGUCCCUCUGUCGGUUACUUUCGGUUGCCUUCCUACCCAGUCUCUCUUCCCUCCCUGUACAGAAAGCACAUUCAUCGUCACUCAGUCAUUUUUUUUCAACAACUCCUGUGUUCCAGUUAUUAUUUACCCCUUGAUCAGGAAUUUCACCCCCUAGAAAGAAAACUAACUGCUCGAGUCCCAUGAACAGAUCUUGCAGAAUACUUGUCAUUUCAGGAUUUCAGCUGUCGGUGAGAGGCUUUCAAAAUGAGCUUAGAUAAAGCCAGAGCCAGGAUUGCAGUCGCAAGUGUGAAACUGUGUUCAAGGAGAAUAUGGGAGGGCAACUUCCAACUAUUGUUUCAAGUUUUAACCCGUUCACCCCGAAAAACGUUGUGGUAUGAAGGCUGGAUUCAUCCGUGGUAAUGAAAAGUUUGAUCGCUUAUUUGAGUCCCAUUAAGAGAAAUGCCGUGCGAUUCCUUUUUCAAUUUCCAAAUCUGUAAG